AUGUCUGAUGAUACAAACAGAUUACCCCAAGACCAAGAACAGACAGUAAUAAAUGAAAAUAUAGAUGAUCAAGAUCAAAAUGGCGAUAGUCUAGAUCCUUUAGAUAUCAAUAAACUAUCUCUUGAUUAUGAUUAUUUAAUGUAUAAAAUAUCUGAUUAUAUUUCUGCAAUACACCAACAAACAACAGAUAUUGUUAGACAACAAUCUGACUUGAUAACCAAAGGCAUUAUAAAUACUCAAAUCGAUCAAACUAUAGAAAAUUGCAAAGGGGUCUUAAGCAAAUGCCAUGAUCUAGAGGAUGCAUGUGACAUGUUGGAAAAUAUUGACUCCAUAAUAGAUGAAUUUUUUAUUAGACUUAGAAAUAUAAUACAGAAACUACCAAAGUGA